AUGUUAAAAAGUUCUAAACUUGUGAACAAACAAACUCUUGCACUCUUCUCUUCCAUCACAGCUGCAAGAUCUUUUCACACUCUUUCUCCUCUCCUUGAUUCCAAACCUUCACUCGAUUCCAAACUAAUCAUUGAGAAAGUAUUAGAAAGAUCAAAAUGGGCUCCUUCAGGUGAUAACGUUCAACCUUGGCGUUUCGAAAUCCCUUCACAACUUUCCAACUCUUCCACUCAAUUCACGAUCCACAAUUUCGAUACUCGUUCUCAUUGUGUUUACGAUUUACGUGGAAGUGCAAGUUGUAUUGCUUUGGGAGCUUUAUUGGAGAAUAUCGAGUUGAGUUGUGGGGAAAUGGGAUUGAGUGUUGAGUUUUCUGAACCCCGAGUACAUGAGAAGGAUGACAGUAGAGUAAUCGUUCAAGUUUCAAUUAGAGAUUCGAAUGAAAAUAUUAGAAAGGAUGACUUGUCAGAAUUCAUUGAAAAACGAUGUGUCAAUAGAAGACCAUUUUCAACCAAGGCACUCACUCCUCAAGAAAAGCAGGAAUUUUCUCAAAGUGUUGCUUCUUUAGGUUUUUCCUUGCUUUGGAAAGAGUCACCAAUGGAUCGUUUCAAAACUGCUCUCUUUCUCCAAAAGAAUGGAAAGUUAAGACUCAUCACUCCAGAAGCUUAUGCAACCCAUAGCACCAUCAUUGAAUUUGGAGUCAACCAGAGUAAAGAUAGAAUUCCAUCUCCAGCAGUUGGUUUGGAUCCACUUGGUUUAUUCUUUAUGAAAUGGGCAUUGGACGGAGGUUGGAAGAGAGUUGAUUUUCUGAAUAGAUUCAUGGGUGGAACUUUAUUGCCAAGAUUGCAGAUGGAUUUAUUGCCUGGAUUCUUCUGUGGAGGCCAUUUCAUGUUGGUUGCAGAGAAGGAGGCAAAGGACAUUAAUGAUUUUAUUAAGGUUGGAAGAGCUUUACAAAGACUUUGGUUGACUUCAACGAAAUUGGGAUUGCAAUUUCAACCAGAAGCUACUCCUGUGAUAUUUUCAAAUUAUGUGAGAAAUGGAGUUGAGUUUUCCGAGAAGGAAGAAAGUAGAGAGCUAGCCAAGUCAAUCGAAAAGACUUUGAAUGAGAUGGUAGAAGGUAAAGGCAAGAACACUGUAUUUAUGGGAAGAGUUGGCCAUGGAAAAGCACCACCAGGUAGAUCAAUUAGAAAAUCACUUAAUGAACUCUUAUUGGAUCCAGCAAGUCAAUAA